AUGAAGUUUGCCUCUUUCCUUGCACUUGGUACCACUGCUUUGGCAGCCUCCAUUCCUCCUCAACAUAAGGGCAAGUCCUUGAUUGAACUUGCUCAUGGAGAGACAAGAUGGGUCACAAACGCCGAGAAGUUUGAACUGAAGGCUGUGGGCAAAGACUUCAUCGAUAUCACCCAUGAACUCGAGCGGAACAUUGACCUAAACAGCUUUCGCCCUCUCUCCCGCCCCAACUACCCAAAGGUGAUGGCACAGCAGGACAAAGUUAAGCCAAUGCUUGCCACGCUUACCACGGAGAAUCUGGAACGGGAUCUCACCACAUUGAGCGAAUUCCACAACCGAUACUACCAAUCCGAGACCGGUGUGCAAUCGGCAACCUGGAUCAUGGAGCAGGUUCAAGCGGCCGUUGGUGAUGUCCAGGGAGUCAGGGUCGAGAGAUUCGAUCAUAGAUUCAGUCAAUUCAGCGUCAUCGCCACCAUUCCAGGCCGUUCGAACAACACCGUUGUUGUGGGUGCUCACCAGGACAGCAUCAAUCAGCAGCAACGAGAGACAGGACGCGCCCCCGGUGCUGAUGACAACGGCAGUGGCUCCGUUACCAUCUUGGAGGCCCUGCGUAAGGUUUUGGAGAACGAGGACGUCGCUUCCGGCAAUGCGCCCAACAGCAUGGAAUUCCACUGGUAUGCCGGUGAAGAACUUGGCUUGCUCGGCUCCGCCGACAUCUUUGCCCAAUACGCUCAACAACGCCGACAGAUCAAGGCCAUGUUGAACCAGGAUAUGACCGGCUAUGUCAGAGAAGGAACACGCGAGGAAUUCGGUAUCAUCACCGACAACGUCGACGCCGAGUUGACCGACUUCGCCCGCAACGUUGUCAGCGAGUACUCCGACCUCCCAACCUCCGACACCCGCUGUGGCUACGCCUGCUCCGACCACGCCUCCGCCAAUCGAUACAACUUCCCCGCCGCUAUGGUCGCUGAGAGCACCAUCGAUAACUUGAGACCAAGCAUCCACACUGCCAACGAUGUCAUCGAGGGCCUCAACUUCAACCACAUGGCCGAGCACGUCAAGGUGGUUGUUGGCUUCAUGACUGAACUUGCCUUCCAGGAAGGUUUGUAA